CAAGAGUUCAAAAUGAUUCGGGAUAUCAACCAUGCCAACUUGGCCCGACUGUGUGGGGCGUGUUUGGAUGCUCCCAGCAAGGUACUAGUGGGAGAGUACUGUCCGAAGGGAACGCUACAGGAUCUGCUGGGCAACGCCCAGAUUAAACUGGACGCGCAGUUUAAGUUUUCCCUUGCAAUCGACAUCGUGCAGGGGAUGUGCUUCCUCCACGACAGCCAUCUACGUCGUCACGGUCGUCUGAAGAGCAGCUGUUGUCUGAUUGACAAUCGUUUCACUGUCAAACUAGCUGACUUUGGGCUGCAGACGUUGUACAGCAACAUCACCGUUGACAAAUCAUCCCAGGAAUAUCUUAACGAAUGUUUAUGGGCAGCACCUGAAGUACUACGGGGUGACGUUUCUAAAGGAACCAAAGAAGCGGAUAUGUACAGUUUCGGCAUCGUUCUGCAGGAGAUAAUCACGCGAGAAUCUCCUUUCUAUAACGAGAUAUUGGAUUGUCAUUUCUUCAUUCCAGAUAUACUUGCCAAGGUCAUCAAGGGAGGUAACCCUCCUAUGCGACCCAGCUGUGAAGUACCAAACAGCUUGACGGAGCUGCAUGAGCUGAUGCAGAGCUGCUGGGCAGAGGAUCCAGAGGGCAGACCGAGCUUCCAAUCCAUACGAAAAGACCUCAAGAAAAUACUCGCGCGUUUUGGUGAGUCCGGGAACUUGCUGGACUCCCUUCUGAGACGCAUGGAGCUGUACGCCAACAACCUGGAGAAGCUGGUGGAGGAGAAGACGCAUGAGUUGCGGGAAGAGAAGAAGAAGUCGGAGGAGUUGCUGUAUCAGAUCCUCCCCAGAUCUGUAGCUGAGAGGUUAAAGCGAGGCCUGAGAGUUGAGCCCGAGGAGUUCGAAUGUGUCACCAUCUACUUCAGUGACAUCUGCGGUUUCACCAACAUCUCCGCCAGGUCAAGCCCCAUGCAGGUGGUGGACCUCCUCAACGACCUCUACUCCUGCUUUGACGCUGUCAUCGACGCCUACGACGUCUACAAGGUGGAAACUAUCGGCGACGCGUACAUGGUUGUUUCUGGCCUACCACAGAGGAACGGAAAUAAACACGCCGAACAGAUCGCCCUGAUGUCGCUGGCUCUUCUGAGGGCGAUAGACACGUUCAGGAUGCGCCACCUACCGGGGGAGAAACUCAAUCUGAGGAUUGGCUUGCAUUCAGGGUCUGUGUGUGCGGGAGUGGUUGGACAGAAGAUGCCGAGAUACUGCCUAUUUGGAGACACCGUAAACACGGCGUCUAGGAUGGAAUCUCAUGGAGAGGCUCUGAAGAUCCAUAUCAGCGACCCCACAAAACUGAUUCUGGACAACUUCCUCACAUUUAACAUUCAAAAGAGGGGCGACAUAGAGGUGAAGGGGAAAGGUGUGAUGUCUACAUAUUGGCUGCUGGCGUCCUCCCCCUAG